CAAGUACAAGUUCGUGAUGUGGGCUGAAAGGCAUCGGGCGGCUGUAGAGCUGCAACAAUUUCUUAGCAGUAUCUAUGAACAAGUGAAGAAAGGGGAAUCACUGGGUCCUUUUCAGUACAAGGAUGACGUUCAGGUUCAUGUAGUCUGCGAUGGCCACUGCAAGCCACUAGAGAAUUUCUGUAGUGGAACUGAGGUGCUAUACAUUAUGGAAAAAAAGCCUUUGACUUUGGAAGAUAAUGCCUUAGAUGAAACUGAAAAUAAUGAGGGCAUUUCGUUUUAUAUGUCCUUACAAGAAAGCCCUCAACCCCAGGCUAUACCCACCAUGAGUGCCAGGCAAUUCCUCACCAGUUAUACUUUGACACAUAAUCCCAACAUGAUACAGCUUAAUAGUGGAGUACCGGUUAAAGUCCUUCCUCCAUUGUGGGUGAGAUGUGACAGCUCAGAUGCAGAGGGAACCUGCUGGCUUGGAGCCGAGCCCAUUAAAUCCAAUAGGAACGAAAUUACCGGCAUGAGCUUCCGAACUGUAACUUGUGCAGGUCCCACAGCAGAUAAGAGCACCUUUCCCAGUCUGGACUCCCUACGACAAGCACAUAAAGAGAGGCACUAUUCAUCAGCUAUGCAGACCAGGGGCUUUGCUCAGUAUGACUUAUUUGGCUCCAACACAGUAGAAAAUUCUGUCAUUGAGUCUCAGAGCAGCGUCACAGUAGACUUCGUCUGGAAUGGUGUGGAGAGGAUCUUGCAACUUCCACCCCUGACAUCAGCAGCAACAUUGAACAUUAAGGUGGAGUCUGGAGACCUCCGAAGCCCUGUGUAUUCAGUUUAUAAAGAGCUAGAUUUUUUGCUUGUUUUGGCUGAAGGUUUAAAGACAGGGGUAACCGAAUGGCCAGAAACGAGUGAGACAAAAUCAGCUGUGGAUCUAGUGCAGCAUCUUCUUAAUGAUCUAAAGAAUAAAGUGGAUGGUCUCAGUACUUCUGUAUCCAAGAAAGACAAUGAGAAAAUAAAAAGUGACACUGCAGCAGUGGAUUGUUCCAUCCAGUCCUUCAUUACUGAGCGAGGGGAUCUGGAUUUUGCUGAGAUGUUAUGGUGCAAGAUGAGAAAAAGUGUCUCAUCUUACCAAGAUGUAGUGAACUGCUUCUCUCUCGUAAUCCAGUCCCUAAAACAUGGGGAGGUGCACCCUUGGAUCCACCGUGGAAGCAGCAGUACCCUAAGCAAGCUCAUUCAGGAGUCCUACCAUGGGGACAUGCAGAGUGUCUCUCUUACAGGACUUACUCCUAUGCGGAUGCUGUUGGAAAUCGGACUGGACAAGAUGAAGAAAGAUUAUAUCAACUGCUUUAUAGGCCAAGAUCUUGCAACUUUUAAUUACCUGGAUUACUUCAUUUGCACAUCAGUUGACUUACAGGAGCAGGUGCAACGUGUGAAGAAACUGCAUCACAUGCUGGAGGUGGUUGUGGUGUGCAAUGCCUUCCUGAGCCUUGGCCAUGAAAACCUGUUUCCUCUCACACAGUCUUGUUUAAAAUACUACAAGGAAAACCCUUGGAAUGAGCAGCAUGUGUUUCAGCUUCCAAUCCGACCAAGUGUCAUCAGCACUUUCUACCAGAAUUCACACCCACAGACCUGGCGAGUAGAGAUCAUCAGUGGGCAUGGGCAGAAGGAAGUCAAAACCACCUGGCAGCUGACCUCCAGAAGGCCUGUGGAUCACGUUUCUUUUGCUGUCCCAGAUGUGCCAAUAGACAUGACAAUAAGUGGAGAUAAUGAAGAGCUGGUAUAUUACCCCACACAAGUGAGCUGCAGCCAGGUGCACUUCUGCUGAGAGAGUUCCUUUCCAGAUACAGAAGAUGAUGGGUUGGAAAUGAUCAGCAAAGCUCUCGACUGUUGGAGGAAACAGGCAGCGUUUGUCUAUAGUGAAACCUGCUGUGCCCGGCUGCUUUAGCUCUGCCUUCGUAGCAGGAUCAUUAAAAGCACGGCACUUAUCAGAAUGCAGAGUGUGAACACGGUGGGCACCACUAUCUCUGUCACCAUUUCCAUGUGAGUGGUCAGCGGGUCUAGGAUUUGAAAGAGAGCCAUCAUUAUACCAAAUAUAAACCUUGUCUGAACUUGUUGAAACCACAUCACUAUUGGUGCACAAAUGUUCUACAAUCUAUUUGACAACAAACAUUAGUUAUAGUUGCUAGGUUUUAACAUUCUAGAGAUCUUACCAUGAAUAAGCCGCAGAAUAUUUGCAGCCGUAUUCCUCUGCUCCUCUGAUUUUUCAAGGAAAGAAUAGACAAAAGGGGAUUGUAAAAAACCUGGGAAAAUGUCAAAGUUCUGUAUAUUGCUGCUUGUUUAGAGAAAGCUGGGAAAGGCUCCACACACAAAGGGGAAACUUAAAGGGGAAAUUAACAUUCAUGUGUGUAUUUAUGUAUGUAUAUAAUUAUAAUCAAUAAAUACAAACAUUAACCUUA